UCGGACGCGACUAAUCGACGAAUAUUGUACCGACAUUGAUUUACAAUUAUCAAAGUUUUAGGCUAAAUACGCUCUGAUCCUCCGGCCUGAAGAUGGCUGACGCAGCGGCAAGAUCGUUGCAGUAUGAGUACAAAUCGAACUCCAAUCUUGUGUUGCAAGCAGAUCGAUCCUUGAUUGACAGAAGGGCACGAGAUGAACCCACAAGUGAGGUGCAGUCCCUUACUGGGAAGUUCUCGGGGAGCAAAAUGGGCGAUAAAGCACAGAGAACUAGACCCCCUCAGAUGGAGGAAAGAAAAGCAAAGAGACACAAGCGAGACGAAGCCCAGAGAGACAUGUUAAAGAUGAAGGGAACCACACUUCUUACAGAGGGUAUAUCAGACCUGGUCGGUAUAAUGUACAGGCCUAAAACCCCAGAAACAAGAGGCACUUAUGAGGUCCUACUCAGUUUCAUACAGGCUGCAAUUGGCGAUCAGCCUCGGGAUAUCCUAUGUGGUGCAGCAGAUGAGGUGCUGACUGUUUUGAAGAACGACAAAAUGCGUGAAAAGGAGAAGAAACGAGAAGUAGAGGGCCUGCUGGGAGGCCUUGCUGAGGAAAGGUUCGCCCUGCUUGUCAACCUCGGGAAGAAAAUCACAGACUGGGUACAGGAGGAGAAAAUGCAGAUAGAGGAAAAUAUUGAUGAGACCUAUGGAGUUAAUGUGCAAAUUGAAGAGUCAGAUGAAGAUGAUGAUGCAGAUGUGUACGGUGAGGUGCGUGAGGAAGAUGAAGUGUCCGAUGAGGAAUCAGGUGGAGAGGAGGCCUAUCACAGUGGAACGUUGUCAACUGGUAAUCUUGGAGGUGGUGAACGUAGUAGUAAGGGAGACUCAGGGCUGCACCCUCGAGACAUUGAUGCCUUCUGGCUUCAGCGUAACCUAAGUAAAUACUAUCCUGAUGAUCCCACCAUGGCUCAAGCAAAAUCCAAGGAGGUUCUAACUAUUCUAAAGGCCUCAGGAGAUGACCGUGAAGCAGAAAACCAGCUUGUAAUGUUGCUGGGUGUAGAUGCCUUUGCUUUCAUCAAGAUUCUCCGCCAGUUCAGACGCAUGAUCCUAUACUGCACACUACUCGCACAAGCACAGAAUGAGACGGAGAAAGGGGAGAUUGAGGGAAAAAUGGAAAGUGAGUCAGACCUGAAGACGAUACUGCACGCCCUUCAGGCGACGGAGAAAGAAGAUAUUGUGACGGAGGAACGGUCCCGACGAGACCAGGCCCGGAAAUCUCGAGUAGCUGCAGAUAUUGAGGCAAUGGAUACAGAUGAUGCUCAGGAGCUGGGCUAUGUAAACAGCCUGGACCUUGAAGACAUUAGUUUCCAACAUGGAAGUCAUCUGAUGGCAAACAAGAAAUGCCAGCUUCCUGAUGGCUCGUUCCGCAAACAGAGAAAAGGUUACGAGGAGGUCCAUGUCCCUGCGCUAAAACCUCAGCCAUUCGAUGCUGAUGAGUCUCUUGUGAAAAUAGGCCACCUUCCAAACUAUGCCCAGCCAGCAUUUGAGGGAUUUAAGUCUCUCAAUCGAAUCCAAAGUCGACUUUUCAAGGCAACAAUGGAAUCUGACCAGAAUAUUCUGUUGUGUGCUCCCACUGGUGCGGGAAAGACAAAUGUUGCAUUGUUGACAAUGCUACGUGAGAUCGGAAAGCAUGUAAAUCCUGAUGGGACCAUAAACAAGGAUGAGUUUAAGAUCAUCUAUGUGGCACCAAUGAAAUCACUUGUGCAGGAGAUGGUGGGAAACUUUAGGAAUAGGCUCAAGUCCUAUGGUUUGAAUGUUGAGGAGUUGACGGGCGAUUCUCAAGUAACGAAGGAACAGAUAAACGCAACCCAGAUCAUUGUUUGUACACCAGAAAAGUGGGACAUUAUCACACGCAAGGGUGGCGAGAGGACAUACACACAGCUAGUGAGGCUCAUGAUCUUUGACGAAGUACACCUGCUUCACGAUGAGAGAGGUCCGGUGUUGGAGUCCCUUGUAGCCAGAACUAUUCGCAACAUUGAAACCACACAAGAAGAUGUGAGACUGGUGGGACUGAGCGCUACUCUUCCAAACUACGAGGACGUCGCUACUUUCCUUCGUGUCGAACCAUCGGAGGGGCUGUUUUUCUUUGACAACAGUUUCCGUCCCGUACCGCUAGAGCAGCAGUUUAUUGGGAUAACAGAGAAAAAGCCGGUGAAGAGGUUCCAAAUUAUGAACGAGAUCGUGUAUGAAAAAGUGAUGGAGCAUGCUGGGAAAAACCAGGUGCUGGUGUUUGUCCACUCUCGUAAGGAGACUGGUAAGACAGCUCGUGCCAUCAGAGACAUGUGUUUGGAGAAGGAUACCCUGGGACUGUUCCUGAAGGAGGGGUCAAUGUCAACAGAGAUUCUCCGUAAUGAAUCGGAGAAGGUUAACAACCUGGAACUCAAGGAUCUCCUGCCUUAUGGAUUUGCUAUCCAUCAUGCUGGCAUGAACAGACUUGAUCGUACCCUUGUGGAGGAUCUAUUUGCUGAUCGUCACAUCCAGGUGCUGGUAUCCACCUCGACCCUAGCCUGGGGUGUCAACCUCCCCGCCCACACCGUCAUCAUCAAAGGCACACAGAUAUACAGCCCUGAGAAGGGACGAUGGGUUGAACUUUCAGCUCUUGAUGUCAUGCAGAUGUUGGGUCGUGCAGGCCGUCCCCAAUAUGACACCAAAGGUGAAGGCAUCAUGCUGACCAAUCACAGUGAACUACAGUACUAUCUGUCUUUGAUGAACCAACAGCUGCCCAUUGAGAGCCAGUUUAUCGGCAAGUUGGCAGAUAAUCUCAAUGCCGAGGUUGUGCUGGGAACCGUGCAGAAUGUGAAGGAGGCAGUCGACUGGCUAGGUUACACCUACCUGUACAUCCGUAUGUUACGUCACCCGACACUGUACGGGGUGAGUCACGACCAGAUGAAGGAGGAUCCGCUACUACAGCAGCGACGCAAGGACCUCAUACACUCCGCGGCCAUGCUGCUUGAUAAACACAACCUGAUCAAGUAUGACAAGAAGUCCGGACAUUUCCAGGUAACGGAGCUUGGCCGUAUUGCGAGUCACUACUACCUGACCCACGAGACAAUUGCCACAUACAACCAAUUGCUGAAACCAACACUGAGUGAGAUAGAACUGUUCAGAGUUUUCUCCUUGUCCUCGGAGUUCAAAUACAUCGCUGUCAGAGAGGAAGAAAAGCUUGAGCUACUGAAGUUACUGGAGCGAGUUCCAAUACCAAUCAAAGAAAGCAUUGAAGAACCAAGUGCGAAGGUCAACGUUCUUCUACAAGCCUACAUAUCCCAGCUGAAGCUUGAGGGGUUCGCUCUCAUGUCUGACAUGGUCUACGUCACACAGAGCGCAGCUCGGCUUAUUCGGGCCAUAUUUGAGAUCGUUCUGCACAGAGGCUGGGCUCAACUCACAGACAAGUGUCUGGCCCUGUGUAAGAUGGUGCAGAAAAGAAUGUGGCAGUCCAUGACACCGCUUCGUCAGUUCAAGAAGGUUCAAGGUCACGAGGAGGUUGUGAAGCGUAUUGAGAAGAAAAACCUUCCAUUCGAGCGUCUUUACGACCUGAACCACAACGAGAUAGGAGAGCUAAUCAAGAUGCCUAAGUUUGGCAAGACGAUACACAAGUACAUCCAUCAGUUCCCGAAACUGGAGCUUGCAGUGCACAUUCUGCCCAUUACCAGGUCGACACUGCGUAUAGAGCUAACAAUCACACCCGACUUUCAGUGGGAGGAUAAAGUACACGGCACGUCAGAGGCAUUCUGGAUCCUCGUAGAAGAUGUCGACAGUGAGGUUAUACUCCACCAUGAGUACUUCCUGCUCAAAGACAAAUUUGCCCAGGAUGAGCACUACGUGAAGUUCUUUGUUCCUGUGUUUGAGCCCCUGCCUCCACAGUACUUCAUCCGGGUUAUCUCUGACAGGUGGAUUGGCUCUGAGACGCUCCUGCCCGUCUCAUUCCGUCACUUGAUCCUUCCUGAGAAAUACCCACCACCGACGGAACUGCUUGACCUCCAGCCCCUCCCCGUGUCUGCCUUGCGAAACCCGAACUUUGAGUCCCUCUACAGCGACAAGUUUCCAUUCUUCAAUCCCAUACAGACACAAGUGUUCAAUGCAGUGUACAACAGUGAUGACAAUGUGUUUGUGGGGGCACCCACUGGUAGUGGAAAGACAAUCUGUGCUGAGUUUGCCGUGCUCAGAAUGUUCUCUCAGAAUGCAGACGGACGGUGUGUGUUUGUGACACCUCUGGAACCCCUUGCACAACAGAUGUAUACUGACUGGUACAACAAGUUUGGUCUACAGCUGGGGAAGAGAGUUGUCGUCCUUACUGGAGAGACUGGGACAGACCUGAAACUGCUGGCUAAGGGCAACAUUAUCAUCAGCACACCAGAGAAGUGGGACGUGUUAUCUCGCCGUUGGAAGCAGAGAAAGAACGUCCAGAACAUCAACCUUUUCAUUGUGGACGAGCUUCAUCUCAUUGGUGGCGAUGUGGGGCCGGUACUGGAGGUGAUAUGUUCCCGUAUGCGGUACAUCUCAUCCCAACUGGAGCGUAACAUACGUAUUGUGGCGUUGACCUCAUCUCUCAGUAACGCGAAGGACGUCUCCCAGUGGCUCGGCGUAUCGACUACAGGAUUUUUCAACUUUCAUCCCAAUGUCAGGCCUGUGCCUCUUGAAAUGCACAUUCAGGGCUUCAACAUCAGUCACAACAUGUCUCGCAUCAUCGCCAUGGCCAAGCCCACAUACCAGGCCAUACUGAGACACGCCCCCAAGAAGCCAGUGAUCGUGUUUGUCCCAUCCCGCAAACAGACGCGCCUAACAGCCAUCGAUAUCCUGACAUUCUCUGCAGCAGAGAUACAGACAGAGUCUGAGACUCCGCGAAGUCGCUUCCUCCACGUGCCUGAAGAGGAUAUAGCGCCUUUCUUGGAGAAGAUCCAGGACAAGACUCUUAAAGAAACACUUAGCAAUGGCGUAGCAUAUCUCCAUGAGGGAUUGAAUGAGCUGGAACGUAAAGUGGUCGAGCAGCUGUUUUCUACAGGGGCAGUGCAGGUGCUUGUAGCAUCACGCAGUCUUGCGUGGGGGAUGAAUGUGGCUGCACACCUCGUCAUUGUCAUGGAUACACAGUAUUACGAUGGCAAAACUCACUCGUACGAGGACUACCCAGUUCCUGAUGUGCUCCAGAUGAUUGGUCGAGCCAACAGGCCCCUCACUGACAAUGAAGGAAAGGGUGUGAUCCUAUGUCAGAGCUCGAAGAAGGAGUUCUUCAAGAAAUUCCUGUACGAGCCGCUGCCAGUUGAGAGCCACUUGGACCAUUGUCUUCACGACCACUUCAGUGCGGAAAUUGUUACAAAGACAAUAGAAAACAAACAGGAGGCUGUCGACUAUCUGACAUGGACAUUCCUCUAUAGACGAAUGACGCAGAAUCCCAACUACUACAACCUACAGGGCAUGUCACACAGGCAUUUGUCUGAUCAUCUCUCUGAGCUUGUGGAAAAUACUAUUUCAGAUUUGGAGCAGUCAAAGUGUAUCAGCGUUGAAGAUGAGAUGUACGUUUCUCCUCUCAACCUGGGAAUGAUCGCUGCCUACUACUACAUCAACUAUACCACCAUUGAGUUAUUCAGCAUGUCCUUGAACGCGAAGACAAAGGUCAAGGGUCUCAUUGAGAUUAUCUCAAAUGCCGCGGAGUACGAAGAAAUCCCCAUACGUCACCACGAGGAUUCCGUGCUCCGUCAACUGGCAUCACGUCUGCCGAACAAACUGGCGAACCCGAAAUAUAACGAUCCACACGUGAAGACAAACCUGUUACUGCAAGCUCACUUGUCCCGUAUGCAGCUGUCUGCAGAGCUGCAAUCUGACACCGAGGAGAUUCUGAGCAAGGCGAUCCGUCUGAUUCAAGCGUGUGUUGACGUUCUUAGCAGUAAUGGAUGGCUAAGCCCUGCGCUGGCAGCUAUGGAGUUAGCCCAGAUGGUUACACAAGCCAUGUGGGGAAAAGAUUCUUACCUGAAACAACUUCCACACUUCACAGCGGACAUCAUCAAGCGAUGCCAAGAAAAGGGUGUGGAGACGAUAUUUGACGUCAUGGAGAUGGAAGACGAUGAUCGUAAUGAGUUGCUGCAGUUGAGCGACUCACAGAUGGCAGAUGUCGCUCGAUUCUCUAAUCGAUAUCCAAACAUCGAGAUGACCUACGAAGUCGCUGACAAGGACAGUGUUAGCAGUGGUUCUACAGUGAAUGUGCACGUGCAGUUGGAGAGGGAGGAUGAGGUCACGGGACCUGUUGUUGCUCCACUUUUCCCACAGAAACGUGAGGAGGGCUGGUGGGUCGUCAUUGGAGACACAAAGAACAACUCCCUGCUCUCCAUCAAGCGUCUCACGCUGCAACAGAAGGCCAAGCUGAAGCUGGACUAUGUGGCCCCCGCCCCCGGGAAGUACAACUACACCCUCUUCUACAUGAGCGACGCCUACAUGGGCUGUGAUCAGGAAUACAAGUUCUCUAUUGACGUGAAGGAAGCAGAUAGUAGUGACAGUGACUCAGACUAAAGAUUGUCAGGCCUUUUCAGGGUUGCUCAAUAUCUUGCUAAGAAACUCUUCAUGAUGUUUCAAUCAAAGGAUAUAUUCAUUGAAUUGGACAAAAGUUAAGUCUUAGUGACUUUUUCAUACAUGUAUCUCAUUUUCUUUGUAAAAAAAUGCUGAUUUCACAUUUUUUACCUGUAAUGUGUCGUGUGUUAUUAAAGUAAACAAGUACAAAUGACUUGCUAAUCUGAUUUGAUUCAUUGAUUUUGAGUGUUACAUGUUGAAAAAAAUCAUGUUUAAGAUCAUGAUGUACUGUAGGGUUACAUUCUCUGAUCAUCUCUCAGCAGUGUAUUGAAUUGUUAAGUCUUUGGUUUGUAAAUUGUUCUCUUUUUGUCAUUUCAUAAAUAAAAAAUUAUGAAUCACUUGGUGUAAACCGUGAAGAAAUAUAUAGAAGUACAAUUGUGUGGCCAUUUGUAACAUUCCACUAUCAUGGUGCUUCAUCUGAUGUCAGGUGUAUGGUUAUUGACGUGGUUUUUUAUGCAUCCUAUUUUUUGACAGCUUACAGCUUGUGUUUGAACUUGAAACUACAUGUUUAUUGUCAUCAAAUAAUGAAAACAUUUUGUGACAAAAUUUUAAUAAAUGAAUGGUCAUAUA